GAGAAAUUGAAAAAUCUGCAGGCAGAACUAAAGAAAAUGCAGUGCAGAAUUCAGCAGCUAGAAAAUGAGGUAACUUCAGCGAAAGCAGAUGCCAAACAAAAGGGAGAGAAAGCAUCACUUUUACAAGAGAAGCUUUUGUCAAGUGUUACAGAAACUGCACUUUCUGAGAUGCAAGCUAAAGUUUCUGAAAAAGAGAAACAUCUUGAGACCUCCCUAAAAGAAAUAAAGGCUCUCCAAGAAAAGGUGGCUCAAGGUGCAGCACCAUACCAAGAUGAACUUGACAGUCUUAAAAAUCAAGUAGUAAAGUUUGAAAUGGACAGAAUAAAGAUAUCAAAGUCUACAGACCAGCACAUAGCUUCCUUAAAGUCUUGUCUUGAAUACAAGGAAGAAUGCUUAAGGAAGUUGAAAGAACAACUCAGAAGAUCACAAAAAGAUACUGAUACUACCAUUUGUUCUGACAACAAUGGCUCCACAUCAUAUCCUUUGACCUGCGGUGGUGGUAGUGGCAUUGUGCAAAGUACAGCAAUGCUUGUGUUUCAAUCAGAAAAUGCUGCUUUGAAAAGAGAAAUUACCAUCUACAAGAAAAAG